CUGCGUCAUCCACACUUUUAGAGAACGACCAUGUCGGAACAUGUAUCCGGCAAAGAAAUACCGAGUCAAAGCUUGGUAGUUACAAAGUCUAGAUUCACAGUCAAGAGUCUCUCCCCCGCAUUAUCGCCCCGGGUGAAUGCCACGAUCGUUUAGCUCGACACCAUGGCACUGGUUCCUUUGUCCCAUGUUCCAGAGCUCGUAUCCAAAGCCGCCAGUUUGUGGCUCCCAAACUCAAUUACCGAGCCUGACACUCUCUAGAGGAAAAGGCUCUGCGUUGAGAGACAUGUAUUGGAAGAUAGUGUCAUCGCCUUCAUCCUUUUCCAAGGUAGUACUUGGAGGCCUAACUAACUGCGGCUGGGUUCCAACCUCCUCAUACCGGGCCAUCCGCCCCCGUGGUAUAGUCCCAAAAUAGAAGAAACAAAAGAUAUAUAAGAAGCAAUGGGAACCAGCAAACUCAAGCACAAACAGAGCAUCAGGCAAGCAAGCAAAGCACUCAAUCUUC